CAUACCAGGUUUUCGGUAUUAAUUUGCGCACUUGAAGAUAAAGGACGAGCUUGAGUUUGUUGCCAAUUGUCAUAAAAUCAGAAAACAGAAAUGAAAGCGACAAUAUUCAGUUAUAUUACGUUAUCCUUGGUCGGUUUGAUUCGUGCUGGACCAUUUUGCAUUGAGUGCACCGAUGCACCAGAAAUCCGAGAAUGUUUAAGAACAACCAUUCAGUGCGCAGACAAUGAGAAAUGCUACUUGGAAAAGGUAACAAAUGAAGAUCUCAGCAUCUCUUUUAAUGCCGGAUGUCGAUCUACGCAGGUGUGUGAUAUCAUGGAUGCAUUAGCAACUGGUCGUAAAAAGCGACUGGUAAACUGCGCUGCUUGUUGUAACGAUGCCCCUAACCAAAAUGUACCAUGUAAUGCAAAUCUGUGUGGACUAGGCCCUGUGUUUUUGCCAGACACCUGUCUUGUUUGCGAUGGUAUCCAUAGUGACGUAGCAUCCUGUACUACUGCUGCUACGUGUCCACCAAAUGAGGUGUGUUACACCGGUAUUCGAAUUGUCGGCACAGCUCUUCGAUACGUUUUUGGUUGUUAUGAAGAACGCGUAUGCUAUGGUAUGGUAUCCAAUGAGAAUCAAGAAUCCAGUAUCCACCACCCACGUGCGAGAGUUAUUCACGGGGAUCAAGGAAUGCACAUCUGUGAUGCUUGUUGUAAAGGAGAUAGAUGUAAUGCUGCUGACUGUUUUUAUCUUAAAAAGAAUAUGACAAUUGGUGAUUUUAACAGUGGAGUAGUUGCACCGUCUGUAGUAACUCUAUAGUUUGUGAGAUACAACACAACACUUCCUGCUUUUGAAAUAAAAAAUAUUAAACAUG